AUGGUGGGGAGAAGAGGGGGGGAGGACACCGGCGUCAUCAUUUGCAUCAUCGCGACAACAAAGCAGUUGAAAGAAACGACGUUGACGUUGAAGAGCCUGGACGCGUUGAGCCUCCUGUUUUUCCCCCUUCCCCUUGUUGGAUCACCGCAUGAACUCCAGAUGACAUUCGGCAAGCGGCAACGUAACACGGCGCGGGCGCCCAGCCAGCUCAUCCCUAAAACAUUCUCAGACUUGAACCAGCUCAUCGCAAUUUCGCGAUCGAGCACUGCAGCAAACGAUUCAGGUUGGCUUUUGCCUCGUUCAUACUGUGCUGCCUUGCCUCUCUUGGGUUCGCCGCCCCCACAUCCUGCAGCUUUCCAAUCUGGCGCUGCAUGGGAGAUUGGGAGCGUCGGGCCCUUGAAUCUGAAACGAACAGGGAUUGAACACCCCCUGAGUCGUCAGGGGGCGUGCGCCUUGGGUUUGAUCCACUCCCGCGAGUUGACGGUUGCGUUACGGAGUACUUGGGAAGUUGGGAAGGAGAAUCACCGCCAGCUGGCAACCACUUCCACUUCGUCUCUGAGGUGCAGUCUUCAUCACCAACAACCUGGGAAAACACCAAGAACCAUCGGCGAGCACCUCGGCUUCGGAAGGCAGGCCCAGAAGCACCAGAAUGGAGAGUCCGGGGGACGGAGCCCUGAUCACCACAGACCCAGCCAGGCCCCCUUCCUCGGAGCGAAGCAGGAAGGGAAGAUCCAAUGA